AGCGCCGGCUCGGCCACUAGUCGGAAGCGCCAGCCCCGAGCCGGGGAAGUGGCCGCAGAGGCUGCUCGGUCCCGCUGCCCGCCAGGUCGUGGGCUCCCGCUCCGGGCCCGGGGCCACCGGCUGUGGACUUCAAAAUGAGCGUCCCUGACUACAUGCAGUGUGCUGAGGACCACCAGACACUGCUCGUGGUGGUCCAGCCUGUGGGCAUCGUCUCCGAGGAGAACUUCUUCAGGAUCUAUAAGAGGAUUUGCUCUGUGAGUCAGAUCAGCGUGCGGGACUCCCAGCGAGUCCUCUACAUCCGCUACAGGCACCACUAUCCACCCGAGAACAACGAGUGGGGAGACUUCCAGACCCACCGCAAAGUCGUGGGCCUCAUCACCAUCACCGACUGCUUCUCAGCCAAGGACUGGCCGCAGACCUUCGAGAAGUUCCACGUGCAGAAGGAGAUCUACGGCUCCACGCUGUAUGACUCCCGGCUGUUUGUCUUUGGGCUGCAGGGGGAGAUCGUGGAGCAGCCGCGCACCGACGUGGCCUUCUACCCCAACUACGAGGACUGCCAGACAGUGGAGAAGAGAAUCGAGGACUUCAUCGAGUCACUGUUCAUUGUGCUGGAGUCCAAGCGUCUGGACAGAGCCACAGACAAGUCUGGGGAUAAGAUCCCCCUUCUCUGUGUCCCGUUUGAGAAAAAGGAUUUUGUAGGACUGGACACAGACAGCAGACAUUACAAGAAGCGGUGCCAAGGCCGCAUGCGGAAGCACGUGGGGGACCUGUGCCUGCAGGCAGGGAUGCUGCAGGACUCCCUGGUACAUUACCACAUGUCAGUGGAGCUGCUGCGUUCUGUGAAUGACUUUCUGUGGCUUGGAGCUGCCCUGGAAGGAUUGUGUUCGGCUUCUGUCAUCUAUCACUAUCCUGGCGGAACCGGUGGGAAGAGUGGAGCUCGGAGGUUCCAGGGCAGCGCACUUCCUGCUGAAGCAGCCAACAGACACCGGCCAGGGGCCCAGGAAGUUCUCAUUGAUCCAGGUGCCCUCACCACCAAUGGCAUCAAUCCUGACACCAGUACUGAGAUCGGACGUGCUAAGAACUGCCUUAGCCCUGAAGACAUAAUUGACAAGUAUAAAGAGGCGAUUUCCUAUUACAGCAAGUAUAAGAAUGCGGGAGUGAUUGAGUUGGAAGCAUGCAUCAAGGCCGUACGUGUCCUUGCAAUUCAGAAACGGAGCAUGGAAGCGUCAGAAUUUCUUCAGAAUGCAGUUUACAUUAACCUUCGACAGCUUUCUGAGGAGGAGAAAAUUCAGCGCUACAGCGUCCUCUCCGAGCUCUACGAGCUGAUCGGCUUCCAUCGCAAGUCUGCGUUCUUCAAGCGCGUGGCCGCUAUGCAGUGCGUGGCCCCAAGCAUCGCAGAGCCUGGGUGGAGAGCCUGCUACAAACUCCUCCUGGAAACGCUCCCCGGCUACAGUCUGUCACUGGAUCCCAAGGAUUUCAGCAGAGGCACGCACAGAGGCUGGGCUGCGGUCCAGAUGCGUUUGCUCCAUGAACUGGUCUACGCCUCCCGAAGGAUGGGGAACCCAGCCCUCUCUGUCAGACACCUGUCCUUCCUUCUACAGACCAUGCUGGACUUCUUGUCGGAUCAGGAAAAGAAAGAUGUGACCCAAAGCCUAGAGAACUAUACGUCCAAGUGUCCUGGGACCAUGGAACCCAUCGCCCUCCCUGGCGGCCUCACCCUGCCGCCGGUACCCUUCACCAAGCUUCCCAUCGUCAGGCAUGUGAAACUGUUGAAUCUCCCUGCCAGCCUCCGGCCACACAAAAUGAAGAGCUUGCUGGGCCAGAAUGUGUCGACCAAAAGUCCCUUCAUCUAUUCACCAAUUAUCGCACACAACCGUGGAGAAGAGCGGAACAAGAAAAUAGAUUUCCAGUGGGUUCAAGGAGAUGUGUGUGAAGUUCAGCUGAUGGUGUAUAACCCAAUGCCGUUUGAACUUCGGGUUGAAAACAUGGGGCUGCUCACCAGCGGAGUGGAGUUUGAGUCUCUCCCUGCGGCGCUUUCUCUUCCGGCUGAAUCUGGUCUGUACCCAGUGACACUCGUCGGGGUCCCGCAGACAACUGGAACGAUCACUGUGAACGGUUACCAUACCACGGUCUUCGGCGUGUUCAGUGACUGUUUGCUGGAUAACCUACCGGGAAUAAAAACCAGUGGCUCCACAGUCGAAGUCAUUCCCGCUUUGCCAAGACUACAGAUCAGCACCUCUCUGCCCAGAUCUGCACAUUCAUUGCAACCUUCUUCUGGUGAUGAAAUAUCUACUAAUGUAUCUGUCCAGCUUUACAAUGGAGAAAGUCAACAACUAAUCAUUAAGUUGGAAAAUAUUGGAAUGGAACCACUGGAGAAACUGGAGGUCACCUCGAAAGUUCUCACCACUAAAGAAAAAUUGUAUGGUGACUUCUUGAGCUGGAAGCUGGAAGAAAUCCUUGCUCAGUUCCCUUUGCAGCCUGGGAAGGUGGCCACGUUCACAGUGAACAUCAAAGUGAAGCUGGAUUUCUCCUGCCAGGAGAAUCUCCUGCAGGAUCUCAGUGAUGAUGGAAUCAGUGUGAGUGGCUUUCCGCUGUCCAGCCCUUUUCGGCAGGUCGUUCGGCCCCGAGUGGAGGGCAAACCUGUGAACCCACCCGAGAGCAACAAAGCAGGUGACUACAGCCACGUGAAGACCCUGGAAGCUAUCCUGAACUUCAAAUACUCUGGAGGCCCGGGCCACACUGAAGGAUAUUACAGGAACCUCUCCCUGGGGCUGCAUGUAGAAGUCGAGCCAUCUGUAUUUUUCACCCGAGUCAGUACUCUCCCAGCAACCAGUACCCGGCAGUGUCACCUGCUCCUGGAUGUCUUCAACUCCACCGAGCAUGAGCUGACCAUCAGCACCAGGAGUAGCGAGGCGCUCAUCCUGCAUGCCGGCGAGUGCCAGCGAAUGGCUAUUCAAGUGGACAAGUUCAACUUUGAGAGUUUCCCGGAGUCCCCUGGGGAGAAGGGGCAAUUUGCAAACCCCAAGCAGCUGGAGGAAGAGCGGCGGGAAGCCCGAGGCCUGGAGAUCCACAGUAAGCUGGGCAUCUGCUGGAGAAUCCCGUCCCUGAAGCGCAGUGGCGAGGCGAGUGUGGAAGGACUCCUGAACCAGCUCGUCCUGGAGCACCUGCAGCUGGCGCCUCUGCAGUGGGAUGUGCUGGUGGACGGACAGCCGUGUGACUGUGAGUCUGCGGCGGCCUGCCAGGUAGGCGACCCCGUGCGCCUGGAAGUGCGGCUGACCAACCGGAGCCCGCGCAGCGUAGGGCCCUUCGCCCUCACCGUGGUCCCCUUCCAGGACCACCAGAAUGGCGUGCACAACUACGACCUGCACGACACCAUCUCCUUCGUGGGCUCCAGCACCUUCUACCUCGACGCGGUACAGCCAUCUGGCCAGUCGGCCUGCCUUGGGGCCCUCCUCUUCCUCUACACGGGCGACUUCUUCCUCCACAUCCGCUUCCACGAGGACAGCACCAGCAAGGAGCUGCCACCCUCUUGGUUCUGUCUGCCCAGCGUGCACGUGCGCGCCCUGGAGGCGCAAGCCUGAGCCCGCCCACUUCCGUCCCUGUUUCUGCAGGGCCAGAGGUGACGCAGCCUGGCCUCCCACACCCCCUGCAAUGAGCAAGGCCUUCACUGCAGCCCUGUCUCCCCCUCCUUCCCCAACCCCCACCCAACCCUCUCCUCCCAUUCCUCCUGUAGCAUCUUUGCUGGGCUACGCAGAAGCCCCCAGACGUGGCAGCCCCACCCCGUGCCACACCCCUUCCCACACUGUUCCCUGGACUAUACACAGGCCGCAGCAGAGGAAACCCCAGAGUGGGUGCCCAUUCAGCCCAGGUCCCAGGAUCCCUGCAUCCGUUUAUGUGACCUGGGGCCCCAGCCUUGCUGUGCUGCUCACCCCAGCAGAGGGACCUCCCUCAUCCAGCCACUUCCCUUUGGCCAUAGAAAGAAACGGUGAGCAUGAGGCUGGGUGCAGCCUGAGGGCGUGGGCAGCUUCCCUCCCUCCCUGGGCCUUGGAAUCCCCCAAGCCUGGUUUUCUUCCUGGAGACCCCCUUGGGCAACUUGGCAGGAGAGAUGGUGCCGUAGGUGGUCAUGGAUGGUUGACACCAAGAGAGGCCUUCCACCCAUGGUGGGCAAAUGUCCAGGCCUGGGCUGCCAGCCCAGGGCUGUUUCUGGGUGCUCCCUGGCCCCAGGGUGGUGUCUGGGUACCGUGGCUAUGUGUGUCCAUGUCUGUGAGCAGUUCUUCAAUAAAUGGCCUGCCUCCUCCUCCUCCCUGCCUCCCUGCAUCUGCUGGCCCAGUGCAGUCCAGGGCCCCCACCCAGCCCGUCAGCCCCCACCUCAGGUGGCUGGCUUCCCAGCAGAAGCCGGACCCAGGAAGGGACGGGUUCUGAGUUCGAGAUCCUGCAUAAGCAAACCCUGAGACAGGAAUCUGGGCACCAGCAGCUUGUCUGGGAGGUGGAGGGGAGCCCCUCAGGGGAGGGAGAUCACCCAUGAAGGAGUGUGACUGGGCCCGAGCUGCCGCCACAGUGGGCAGCUGGCCCUGCGUUCCUCAGGGAGAACAGGAGAGAGAAAGCACACGGCUCACAUCUCCCUUGAGGGCCAGAGCUGGGGGGUGUCUACACCACCCGCAAGAGUCCUGGCCUGGGGGCAGGCUCCUGGCUGUGUUGACCCUUGGCUCUCCAGUUCCCGGGAAGGAUAAACAGCCCUUGGUCCCCAGCAGAUGUCAGGCUUGUCAGGCAUCCACUGGGCACUGAAAGUCCCAUGGAGUGUUGGGGACAGAGAGCAAGGCUUCCUCAAGGCCACUUGGCCAAACAGGCAGAGCCAGGAAGUGGCUGCCCUGGCCCCCUAUGCGGCAGAGUCGUGUUGGCAUCAGGAGGCCUGCAGGGCUGAGGGAGCUUCUGGAGGACCUGAAGCCCCAGACCCAAACCUCCCUUGCUGGGAGCAGGGUCACCCUGUGGCCUCCGGCCUGAGGAGCAGGUUUUUCUUCCAUCUAUGUCCUCCUGUUGUUGCCCAGUGAAUGAUGGGAGCACUCUGUGAAUGAUGGGAGCACUCUGUGAAUGGUGGGAGCACUCUGUGAAUGAUGGGAGCACUCUGUGAUGUGGUGUGGGCUGGGGGCAUGUGGGGGCAGCUGUCCAGUGGCCCUCAGUCCCUGGAGCUCAUUCAGCAUCUGCUCGAGGCUCCCCAGGGAAGGCAGCCCCCAGAAGGUCUGGCUGCAGUAGUGGGUGGGGACCCCAGGGCGGUCUCUUCAGCCCUUCCCUUCAGGACGCAUCAGUGUAGUUGAGGGCCUGGACACUUGGGCUGUUUCUGAAUGGAACAAACAGCAUCCAUGUGUGUCAACCUCAACAGAGCCCAAAACUAUGCCAUUGAAUGAAACAACACUUUGCAGGAUGAUGGGCGCAGUGCAACCCCACUUGUGUAGACAGUGUGCCCCCCAAAUUAUAAAUUUUAUAUACCUCCGAACGUGUCUAUAACAACAUGUUUAAAGGUAGAAAGGAUACACAUCCCCUGUAGAAGAGUGACCUCAACUGGGGUUGCAAUUGACAUCUCAUCUGAUGUCACAGUGAGGGUGCUGGUCACCGGGGACUUGAGUAACGUACUUUCCCUUCAAAAGCACAAGAGAUGAAGAUACAGGUACACACAUGCUACAGAUAUAGAUCCAGCCAUAGAUCCAGAUUAGAUAUAGUUGCAUAUAGAAGCCUAGAAAAGCCAAUAUGGAAAACUCUGCUAGGUCUGAUUCUGAGUGGCAAGCAUAUUGGUGACUGUAAUUCUUUUUUGCAGUUUUCUAUAUUUUUUAGUUUCUCCAAAUACAAAAAAUACCCACAACAGUUACCAGAGAAAAUGCUGGAUGCCACAAGAAGAAAGAAUGUCAAGGGGCAGGAGGCAAAGUUGUCUUCUUGGAGGAGAGAGUGUUAGAAAUAACCCAGACCUCCUGGAAAAUGACCCAAAUACAGCCUGACUGUGUCAGCCGCAGGCCCUUCCCCAGCCCCAGGGCACCCUUUCUGUCCCAGUAGAGAAGGUGACCUGGAGUCAGGUCUUGUGUGUGCUCCAAGCAUUUGGAGCUUUACCAUGGGAUGUGGGGAGCCAGGGGUGUUUUUUGCUGGCAUUUCUGUGGCUGGGUCAUUCUGGCUGUGGAGCUGUGUUCGUGGGCAAUGGCUGAGAUGGAGGACCUGAGGCAGGUGUCUCAGUGACAGCACAGUAUCCUCCAGCCUCUUCCAGGGCCCCAUGCUGCUGGCUACCUGGCAAUACAGUCCAGCGGUUGCUGCUUCUCUAGGACCCUGGUGCAUUCAGAAACCUCCUGAAGGCCAGCGCAGGGUAAACCAAGAAUAGACCAUGUCCAUUUCACUUCACUAGCUGAGCGGGUUGGUUUUGCCCUUCUGAUCCUUGGUCCCUCAGGGCAGGACAGGCCUGCAGUGACCCCAUAAUCAUGCAACCGUCAUGCUCUGUCAUCUGAAAUUCACAAGGAAGGCAAGGAUUCAAAGGAAGAUGUCUGAGAUGCUGAAUUCCAGCUCAGCCACUUGCCAAUUCCUUGACCUUGGACAAGUUACUUAAAUUAAGCCUUGAUUUUUUUCAUCUGAAUAAAUAGAUAUACAAAUACUUA